CUGGUACCGCAACACCCUCACCACACACCGUACCUUCCAUCUUAAUUACCACGAUUAACCGCGCCUCGUGUCUCGACGCUCCUUCUUCCCCACCUUGCCCGUUCCUGGGAAACACUACCUACCUUCCUCUUUCUCGCUCUCUUACCUUCUCUUUCACUCAGCUCUUCUCUCUUCCUCCGAAGGACUCCUCGUUCUCCUCUCCCCAUUGGUAUUCCUACCUCUCGAAAUACCUCUUUUUGUUGUUUUGAUAACCCGUUUGGUGCCUUGGUGUCUCGCGUGCACGCUCUCUUACCUCCAGAUUUGCUCGACUGCUCCAACCCCAUGUCAUGAGUGUCGGCCGUUGCUCGUAGCUCAACCGUCGCCAUGCCUGCCUCUGGUAUCUCGCCUCCGGUCUCGACUGCUACAGGACCCUCCUCGUCAUCCCCGCCCUCAUGCGAAUCUUCCUUCCUGUCGCAACCCGCUGCGCAGACUCCCACAAGACAACCCGUCGCCGACCUCACGCAAACCCCCGAUCUUGCGCUCUCGUCGCACGCCAAAAUAGACGUGUCAACUCCCGACUCGGAAAAACACCCCAAAGGCAAAAGGAAGAGGACUGCUGCUAAAGACAAGUCCAUUCUCGAGGCCGCCUAUAUCGGGAACCCGAAACCGGACAAGGCGGCGCGUCUGGACAUCGUGAAACGCGUUUCCCUCAACGAGAAAGAGGUCCAAAUAUGGUUCCAAAAUCGUCGGCAGAAUGACAGACGCAAAUCCCGCCCCCUCUCUGCACAGGAGAUUGCUGCUCUUCGGUAUGGUGGCAUGCAAAUUCUCUCAUCCGACCCCGUGGCGUACAGCUCUUCCUUGCCUGAGGACAAGACAUCGCCAGUGGCAGAUGCUGCCGCCGUGCAGGCGCCGAUGCCGGCAGAGACACCAGUCAAGUCUGCAUCCACGGCGAUCGAGGAUGCGGGUGAACGACCUCAGCACGCAACCCCGUCCGUCCUAACUCCUAACGUAGGAGACAAGAGCCUGGAAACACCAACUUCUCAACUCACAGACUCUUCUUCCCUGCCGCAAUCCACUGGAUCCUUCUCCUUUUCAAGUUCCCUUGGACUUCUGAACAACCGAUGGAACCCUACGAGUUCCUUCUCGACACCCUCAACGCUAAAUCGCAGCAUUGACGAUACCCCUAAAUCCGAACAGUGCCCUCCCUCAUCUUGCUCAUCAGUUGCAUCUGCAUCGCAUAUCCUGCCUCCUCCCCAGUCAUCCCAGUCGUCACAACAGUCCAAUGUGCGGCUGUCGCUCUCACUGGAAGGCAAAGCUCAGGUCGUCUCCAACGAUACUUCACCUCCUCAGAUCCAGUCCACAAGGCUGCUCCCAGACUUAUCGACCUUGCCCCAGCCCAGGUUAGCCCGACCGCUCCAGCGUAGCCACAGCGCACUUGCUAGUGUGACUCUGCCUCCCAUCACAGCCCUCACUGAUUCGCUGCCACCGACGUUGGGACGGGGUCGCUCUCGGGAUGCGCACGCAUGGGAGCUGUGCUGUGACGCCGACACUCGGGAUGAGCUCACCGCCCAAGCCGAAAAUGAAUCCAACGGCUCCGCAGUUGCCGCCAUCAGCCUUCUUCGCUCAACGAGCAGCAUCCUUCAAAAUAACACUUCUAAGCGGAACUGCCCAGCUAGUAGACCGAUGCCUCGGUCUCAACAGGCCAAGAAGCCCAGGCUGAGUCGAACGUAUUCCAGCAUGGCAAGGAUGCAAACACCAGUUGGUGGAGGCGACAACUCAUUGGCUCACUCAAACAACGAUAAGGCGGCAAACGACAAAGUCAAGGUCAACAUGGUCAUUUCUCCGAGCGACUCUGACAAGGAAAACUGGAGUCCUGAUGCCAACGGCAAUUCAGGCAAGAUGCCGCCACUUUCUGAUGCUAGGAGGCCAUUGCCGACCACCGCUGGCAGCAAACCCAAUGCGAGACGCACUGGGCGGGUUCUAGGUUAUCACUCUGUGCCGGCCAUUUUCAGCGGCAACCGUGCCAGGACGAUGCCUGCCAUGGGGCGCCGAGAUUCCGGAAAAGACCUGGCCAUAUUUGUAGACGAUCGAAGUUCGCCUGCACCCAAAGAGACGGAGGAGGUGGAGAAAUUCAUGCGCGGCGGCGAGGUCAGUCCGAGCAAGAAGGGGGAUAUGGAUUGCAUUGCAGGUCUACUUUCUCUCAGCCAAGGGGCUUGGAGAUAGGGGCUCCUAGUGGGUGAUGCCACACAAUCUUGCCAGUCGGGGUCUGUUCUUGCAGCUAAGGAGUCUUUGAGUCGACACACUCCAACUAACAACGUCUAGUCGUCUUCGUGGUAGAAGCGGCCGAUGGUUGUUCGAAACCACUGGGAGUGUGACGUUCAACUCGGCAGCCGGUGGCAUGACGACAGAAAGACAAGGUCGAUCGAUAAGUUUUGGGCGCCACUUUGCUCCUUCUCACCAGAAAUGAACGGGCUAGCUACCUCAAGCCCCUACCUGUUCCUUUGCGGCUUCCCUCGACAGGGUACUGCCGCAGCGACGAGAAUCAACCCGGCGCCUUGAUGAUAGCGCAGGGCACAGUGUACUGGCUCCAGGAAGUGAUGAAAUCUCGUUUCGGUGUCCUAGUAUUGUGAAAUUGAGACCUCGCUUUACCAGAACAAGUUGGGUUGGUGGUAGACAAACACGCUGUAAAGUAGUAGGGCGUGCGCGAGCCAUGUUCAUUAUCCGUUGGACAAGCUCAAGUGAUGCCACCCUAGAAUAAAUCAGUAAAAAAGAAGAAACCCAAAAUCAACGAUGCAAAUCAUCACACUGCUGUUUGUCUUGACUGUAGUUAACCUAGGGCUGCGUGUAUGCCGGGCCCGAACACCGGAAAAUUGCUCAUGAGUAGCUUAAAGAGUCAUUCUGUAAUGUUUUCAGCCCCCCUUCAGACAUAAGCACCGUCGUUGUCGAUCUUCCUUCGUAGAGGGAGGGAAGAAGGAAAAGGCGCCGCGUUGUUACCAAUUACCGUUGUUUUGUUAUUGUUCUAUAUUCUUGACCACGCCCGCUGGGCGGAUCAUACCACAACUGCAACAGGUUCCAUUCGUUGUCGCGAAUAGGAACGUCCAGCGUCUAUAUACCUAAGAGGAUCGUUGUAGUUCAUUUCCCUCCUUCCUUCUAUUCUCCUCGCUAUAGAGUCGGCUCGCCUGUCGUAAUCAGCCUCCUCCUAAAAUAUGUGCCAGUACCAAUGCCAAUGACACGGGGAAGGGAGUUGAUGUUCCCCGUGUUUCCGCUUCUCUAAUGCCUUCAUCGCACGCGUACGCGCGCGGUCAACAUACCAUGUCCAUGCGCUUGUUUUCGCUUCAUACUCAGAUCCGCUCGGUCUAU